UAUAGUUUUAUUAAAUUAUGGUUUAGAGGAUUCAUGCCUUGGUUCUAUAACGAUUUUUUGUUCUCAUUAUCGCCGCAAGGGAGAAAGCAGAAAAACAUUUUGAAAAUAUUGCAUGGAUUUACGGAAAAAGUCAUCGCGGAAGGAAAACUUUAUCACGAACGCACCAAUGGUCGAUAUUUGAAAAAUCUUGAAAAUGACAAAGAGACAGAGAUAGAUGUCGAAGUAUUUGGAAUUAAAAAAAAGCGGCUAGCCAUGUUGGAUCUCUUAAUAGCGGCAUCUCAAGACAAUUUGUUGACUGAUUUGGACAUCAGAGAAGAAGUCGAUACGUUUAUGUUUGCGGGUCACGAUACUACAGCGAUGAGUAUGACCUUUGCUUUAUUACUAUUAGCUGAACACAAAGAUGUCCAGGAACGUGUGAGGGUUGAAGUCGAUACCGUGAUGCAAGAGAACGGAGGGAAACUUAUCAUGAAAUCGUUGCAAAAUUUACCAUAUUUAGACAGAUGUUUAAAGGACGCUAAGUGGCAUGCGCGAUGGAAGAUAUUAACACCUGCAUUCCAUUUCAAUAUAUUGAAUCAAUUUGUUGAUAUUUUGAUCAAGGAAAACGAUUGUAUGACAAAAUCUUUAAAUGGUGUCAAAGAGACAAUUGUAAAAGAUUUAGCAUCAUUUAUUAAACAUAUGCUAGACGCCAUAUGCGAAACUGCCAUGGGAAUCUCUCUGCGAAAACUCAAUGAGUUCCAGCAACAGUAUCAAAAUGCGGUUCACGACAUAAUCGAACUGAUAUUUUAUAG